CUGCCCCUCACUGCUGGCUUGCGAUUGGUGAGCAGAUAGGGCGGGGUUCGAGGAGGAAUCUGAUUGAGAUUAGGGCUGACAUCGCCAACGCAAUCAAGCAGUGCGAGGAAGCAGGCGAAGAGUGGAUCCAUCUCGGUUUCUCUUGAUCUUCUCGUCAUCUCAUCAGUCACGUGUGGUCAGACAUGUUCGACGGCGUGCAGCUUAACGAUCCUGGUGCUCUCACCUUCGGCCCACAGAUGGUUCAGGCCAUCCGCAGGUUCUCUUCUGCUGUAACAAGUCUCAAGCUCGACGUUCAUCUCGUAGUUGAUCGUCCGAGUCGUUACAUUCAAGCUCUCGCUAAGGCUGGGGCCGACCGAGUGAUUCUUCAGCUGGAGAGCUUGAGUGGAGUUGACCAUGAUCGCCUGAAGGAGGCUGUCGAGCAAUGCCAAGAGGUCAAGCGAGCCGGAAUGAGAUGUGGCGUCUGCAUCGCUCCCUCCACCCCCUGCUCGCAGGUCUUGGAGCUCGUGAGCAUGGGCUGCGUCGAUGUUGUCAACCUUCUAGCGGUCGAGCCAGGGUUCGGAGGACAGAAGUUUCAAGUUUCUGUUAAGGAGAAGAUUCAACAGCUGAGGUCCUUCAUCGAUGAGCACCGCAUCCCCGACCUGAUAAUGGUCGACGGAGGCAUCAACACUCAGACCGCAAGGCUCUGCCUUGAAGCAGCAGGUGCCUCUUCGCUUGUUGCGGGUUCGUUUGUCUUCAAUCACAAGCUUGGAGUGCUGCAGGCCCUGGAGGAAAUCAGGUGA